AGUAUAGAACAGAGAGCCAAGUCCUAACUCCUACCUGAGUGUGAUGUCUCCCACUUUUUCUAAGCAAAGAAAACCCAAAAUGCCAUUUUGAAUCAUAAACGUCCUCAUCUUCACCGCCACCAAUUUCGAGUUCAGAUUUGUUGAUGAUCUCAAGUAUUGCUUCCCUGGGACACCCAUCAUCGUUACCGCCACCAAUUUCUGUCCUCCCAACUAUGGCCUUACAGCCGAUGCCGGCGGCCGCUGUAACCCUUCGAAUCUCCAUUUUGUCCUCCCCAUUGAGAAGCAUUUGAGAAGACCUCCAUUUGGAAGAAAUCAAACAUGCCCGUUCCGUUUCGCAGAUGAGAAGAGGUAGCAAAUCAAAGUAAAUGUCUCUGAGAAAUCUCUUUCUCCCUUGGAAGGGUCUAUCGAGUUCCUCUUAGGAUCUCAAAACCCUAAAAGCAGAGGAAUGGAAUCGGAUGAGCUACAACAACGCAGAGACAGAGACGACGAUGGUGAUGCAAAGGAAGUAAUCGAAACAGUUCCAGAUGAGGAUUUCUGUUCCAAAAUGCUCCCGAGCUUCUCGGAGAGAUCAUCCAGAUGACUCUCACAGGCUCACAGGGCAGAGUUGUCGAGCUUCUCAGAGAAGUCUGUUUUUUAGUGAAAGCUACUCAGAGAAGUCGGGAGGUCGAAACUCGACAGUUCCAUGGGCAAUUUUGUAAACAUGAAAUAAAUUCCUUUUUAAGUCAGGCCCAGCCCGGCCCAGCCCAUCUUUAAAUCUCAAAACAAGGUCUUCUUCUCCAAGAAUCCCGUAAAACUGAAAUCUGAAUUCCUCUUCUUUCAGUCUCAGUGGCUCCAAGAAACUUCAAAACCUGAAAUCCAGUAGCUCAAAUCUUCCAAAACUUGAAACGAAAUUCCUUCUCUCAGUCUUGGUAGUGGAGCAAACCAGAAACCUAAAUUUCUGAAGAUAGCUUCAAGAUUCCCGAAAUACAAGAACUGAGUGUGGUUUAAAUCUGCGUAGCUCUAAGAAUCCUUUCCCAAUAUCAUAAUGGGAAGAUUGUUUGUGGUCGAGAUCCCCGAUGUCGAAGAGAAAAACAUGUAUAGUUGCGCGAUGUGCGAGGAGGAGAACGAUGACGAUUUCCCCUUUACACACAUCGCUUUAGAGGAUGAGCGGGAAUACUUGGCUCCAGGCCCUCCAUUUUGGCCCUAUUUGUACAAUUGUAUAUUCGGUAAAGUGAUGAACAUAAUAAUGUUGGGUGAACCGGAAAGGGAACGGCUAUGUUAUGGCAGGUACAUAGUCAAGGAGGUCAAAUGCGUACGGUGCUGUGAAGUACUCGGAGCAUACUAUAUAACAUCCCUUAACCCAAAUUUCAGCGAUAUAGAGGGGAAUUUUUUGCUGCAUAGAGAAGCUCUAAAUCAUUGGGACCACGGGAACAGAGUAGAUUGAGGCCUCUAAUAUCUACACAUGAGAUAUUUCUUUGAUUUUAGGACAUUUUCAGAAGGUCCAGUACAUGAUAGGUCCUCUAAUAACUACACUUUGAGAGGCAUAUUUCUUUGAUUUUUUUGGUAUUCUCUCUAGUUCCUUCAUGUACAUGCAUGAUAGGAUGCAUCUUUGUAGCUAGAAUUGUUUGACAGUUUUAUCUUUCAUGAUGGGAUAUAUCUUUGUAGAGUUUUUCCUGGCA